AGUAGUUGUUGUUAAUCCACCAAUAUAUUUAUGAAGUAUUGAUGAAAGGUGUUCGUGUUAAGAAUGCCAUUAAUGGAUAUCAAGAGAUAUACAUGGAUUUAUUUAUUGGUAAAUGUUGACACUGUUAUCAUACCAUAUGGGUAUUUAUGGUUAAGAUUAACAAAUUUUUAUUUCCUAUGUUGAUUUGGCAUUGUGAAUAGCCGUCUGUCCAGAUAGUUUGGAGAUUCCUUACUUUGUGUUAUUGUCUAGUUACUACAUGUUCUUGGUGAUUAUUGUUGACAGUGUUCCUUUCGUUCUUAUGUUGAUUUGACAAUGUGAAUAGUUGUUAUGUCCACAUGGAGAUACUACCUUACUUCAUAUUAUUGCUUAAUUUGUACAGCUUCUUGGUGAUCACUGUUAUAUGAUGCCUCCUAAGGCAAUAAAGCAUCGUCGAAGUCUACUUCCUGAUGCCCUUAGCUACCUUCCUGAUAACGUAAUCGAUGUCAUUCUGUUGCGUUUGCCUUGUGAAGAUGCUGUGAGGACAAGCAUCUUAUCAAAGAAAUGGAGGAAUCACUGGUGUAGACUUACAGAGUUGAAGAUUGAUGAAUCUCUUUGGAAAACAGAAAAGGAUUUACUGAACCCUACAGUUAAAUUUACAAAGAUUAUGUAUCAGCUUUUGAGCCUUCAUGAAGGACCCAUUACUAAGUUUACCCUCUAUGUUGUUCAUCUAGCAAGUUGUCCCGAGAUCGACAACUUCAUAUAUUUCCUCUCGAGGAAUGACAUUCAACAUCUUGUACUUGACCUUUCACUUGGAAAGGAAUACAAAUUGCCUUCUUCACUUUUCACAUGUUCGCAGCUGAGGCAUCUAAGUCUUUGUUAUUGCUCAAUACAACAUCCAUCAGCCUUUCAUGGAUUUGAUAAGUUAAUUAGCCUGAAAUUAUGUGAAGUCAAUAUUUCUUCUGAGUUGCUGGAAAGUUUAAUAUCCCAUUGCCCGUUGCUUGAGGAGUUGGAGCUGGAUAUCGAAGACCAAUCAGACACAAUUGAAAUUAAUGCCCCCAUGUUGAGAUUGUUCAAUCUCUCAGGCAAUAUAAGUUCUGUCUGCCUAAAGAAUGUCCCUCGUCUGGUAAAAGUAUUGUUGUAUGGUGACUAUAUUAAAGCAGAGGAUCUUGAUUUUGCAAAGCUUUUCGAGUGUUGUCCUGCUCUCGAGCACCUUCUCUUUUUCUCCUUUGGUUCCGAGGUUCACUGUGGAGAUGAAGAGGAUGGUUGUAUUCUAGAAUGCCUUGAACUCGGACGUUUCUCAGAUGUGACAUUAAAUCACCUCAGGGAAGUUAAGCUGGAAUGCUUUGGAGGAACCACGAUGCAACUUAUCAAGCUUUUGUUAGCCAUGUCCCCGGUGUUGGUGAGAAUGCUAAUUGAUACAUGUGUUCUAGAUGAUGAACCUCUUGACACGAGGUUGAUAUAUUUGCUGAGGUAUCAAAAUUUUUGUGUGCAUCACCUAAAGCAGUAGUAGUCUACAUUGAUUAAUCAGAUCACGACCUUUUGGUUAGAAGUUAAAAAAUUUAAAAGAGAGACUCAAACAUUGAUAUAGUAGGUAUAUAACACUGUGUUUUACCUUCCCGUAAGCAUUGUUGGAUGGAUGUUUUGAUCAGUUUGUUCUGUAAUAACAAUGUCAUACAUGUUUAAGGAUAAUUACUUUUAGUGCCUGCUCUUGAUUUUGUUAUGGAAGAUACACCCUGUUAUCGGUAAAAAUUUACAUGGUCUGGAUGUUUAUAUCAAACUAAUAGAUGCAUUAAAUUGAGGGCAAGUUUUUACCCUCUUGAAUCCCUUAAUUUCUUGUUUCUGAAAGUUUUAAGUAUCCCAAUUCACUAACAAUGCAAGAAAAUAAGGGAAUGAAUCAUUAAUUUUUUUGUUAUAACCAUCGAUCUGGUAUCUAUUGGUCCAACUUAUCAUGAUUGGUAAAUACUACCUGGCAACAGCAGUCAAUUAAACUUAUUAGUAAGUGAUAUUGAUUAAAGUUUUUGUUGAUUUCAAAAUCCUAAAUUUUGGAUAAUUAUUGUAAGUGAUGAUGUUUCCAAGAUAACUUUUGUUUUUAAAAAGUAAAAAAAAAGUUAUUUUUGCUAGUCUUCCUAUUUUUAUGACGAGUAGGGAAAGAAAUGAAAGAUUUUCCAUUUACCGACAAACUUAUAGUGAUCAACAUGCAUUGUGGUGGAAUGGUUGAGUAUCUCGGGUUUGAAUCUUAGUUAUGGAAAAAUUUACUUUCAAGAAACAAUCUUUUUUCCUAUUUUACCCUUGAACAUUUAUUUCCUAAUACCUUUACCAAGAGUUCUUGAAAAUAUAAUGAUCAAUUUUAGCUAUUUAAUGCUUAAUAUUGGGAUUGGCAGGCUUCACAUCUCUCACUUCUUCUUCCUAAAGUUUGCCCCUUUUGUUCCUCUCAAAAUCUGAAUUGUAUGUUGUUGCUUUUGUGUGAUCUUUUACUGUUUUUGUAGUAUAAGUUAGUAGUUGAGUUCCCGUUGUAGUUCAGAUUUUAUGGUUUUGUGUUUAUAUACUUAGAAACACAAAGGAAUGAGGAUAGUUUUUAGUUAGCACAAAAGAGAAUCUGACUGAUCUAAUUGCAAUUAGCUAGAAUGCACCUUUAUGUCGUCUUGUGUUGAUUUGACAAUGUGAAUAACUGUUCUGUCCAAGAUAGCUUGAAGAUUCCCUACUUCGUAUUGUUAUUUAUUUUCUACAGGUUCUUGGUGAUUCUUGUUAUAAGUGAUCAUUCCGUUCUUUUGUUUAUUUGAGCAGAUAGAAAUAGUAUAUAUUUAGAUUGUUCUGUAAUGAUAUUGUCAUUACAUUAAUGAUUUGGAAAUUAUAUUACUUCUGUUAAUCACCAAAAGAGAACAAUGCGAAACCACUUCUUAGUGUACAACUUAACUAGCUGUCUAAGGGAUCAAAGCACAACCAGGGGAAAAUACUUAUCUGCCUCUAAGAAAAAAAUGUGAAGAGGAAGGCUCACCUCUUUGUUAUACAUAGAAUAGUCAACUUAUAAUUCAUUAUCCUUAAUUUUAAAAUAAAAAUAAAACAAGUAUAGUCACAUUGUAAUUAUUCUAUCAAAAUAUGGACUACUUUACCAAUGGCAGAUGAAGUAGAUAUGAAUGUCCGAUAUGGUAGAAUAUUCAUGUGGGACUUCCUCAGAUUUUACACGUGUGAUACAUGUUUCUUCUAUUUCUCCAAGUAAAGCUCGUCGCAUUGCAAUGCCUAUUGUGCUGGUUUGGCGUUUCAUAAGUGGACACAGAAUAAAGCGUCCAUGAAAGUGUGUGCCAAUAGGCCGGACAUAGAAAUACCCCACUCCCACCCG